ACGGUCGUCGUCAAGGUCGGCACGAGCAGCCUCCUCAGGGACGGCGUCCUGCACCUGUCGCAAAUAUGCGCGAUGUGCGAGACCGUGUCGAGGCUGCACAAGCGCGGUCUCAACGUCGUCAUCGUCUCCUCCGGCGCGGUCGGCGCUGGGAUGUUCAAGAUGGGGUUCGACGAGAAACCGAAAGAGGUGGCGAAGAAGCAGGCGCUCGCCGCCGUCGGUCAGGUCCACCUCAUGCGGCACUACGAGGACAUCUUCAGCACGAUCGGUUUGAAGUGCGCGCAGGUUCUGCUCACGCUGGGGAACUUAUCGGACCGGAAGCAAUACGUGCGCGCGAAGAACACGUUCGCGGCGUUGCUGGACAUGGGCGUCGUGCCCAUCGUGAACGAAAACGACACCGUCGCCGUGGAGGAGCUCCGUUUCGGAGAUAACGACACGUUAUCCGCGCAAGUCGCCGCGCUCGUGGAGGCGAAGUGGCUCUUCUUACUCACGGACGUGGAAGGGCUGUACACCGCGAACCCGGGGACGAACCCGGACGCGCGGCUCAUCGAGGUGGUCGACAACAUCAACGAUCUUAACGUCGACGUCGGCGGCGCCGGCACCUCCGUCGGCACCGGGGGGAUGGUCACGAAGCUCACCGCCGCGCGCAUCGCGUGCGCGGCGGGGUGUAAGACGAUCGUGUGUCUAUCCUCGCGCAUGGACGGCGUCGAGGCUGCGGUUUUAGAGGGUGUGGGCGUCGGCACCGCCUUCUUACCCGCGAAGAAGGCGGCCAAGGGUAAAAAGAAAUGGCUCCUCGCCGUGCCAGUCGCCGGGGAGGUCACGGUGUCGGAAAAAGGCGCGAAGCACGUCCUGCGCGGGAUGCCGAUUCUCAUGUCGCACGUCACCGGGUGCGUCGGGAACUUCAGCGUCCAGGCGUGCGUCACGAUCAAGGACGGGGACGACAACGAGCUCGCGAAGGGUUUGUGUAACUACGCCUCGGACGUCGUUCAGAGAGCGGUGGGC